CCUUCUGGGCGAGGAACUCUUGCUGGUUAUAGAGUACAUGGAUGGAGGUGUCCUGACCGAUAUCAUCAGCCAGACCUGCCUGUCGGAAGAUGAGAUGGCAGCCAUCAGUCGGGAGUGCCUGCAAGGACUGGAUUUUCUUCAUUCAAACGAUGUGAUCCAUCGAGACGUGAAGAGUGACAACAUCCUUCUCAAAACUGACGGCUCUGUCAAGCUGGCUGAUUUUGGCCUCGCUACUCAGCUCACCCCUGAGCAGAGCAGACGCUGCUCGCUAACCGGGACUCCUUGGUGGAUGGCACCUGAAGUGGUGACAGGUCAACCAUAUGGCCCCAAAGUGGACAUAUGGUCUUUUGGAAUUGUGGGAAUUGAAAUGAUAGAACAAGAACCUCCUUACUUGAGUGAAAGUUCUGGCACGGCUACACACCUGAUAGCCACAGUAGGGACUCCACAGCUGCGGCAGCCCAAGCUCCUCUCGGCUUUGCUGCGUGACUUCCUGAGCUGCUGCCUGCAGACAGACGAGGAGCGGCGCUGGUCUGCCAAGGAGCUCCUGCAGCAUCCAUUUGUAACUUCAGCCAAGCCACCAUUCAUCCUGGCACAACUCAUCAACUCAGUGAAGAAGACAAAUAACCCUAACCCUAAACCCUAACCCUAAACCCUAACCCUAAC